CAGUGGCUCGGCUGCACGCGCUCGGGUCUCCACAGCGCCGCACAUUGGUGCUCAAAUGGGAUCGUCGAAUCGCCGCAACAUGAUUGGAUGCGCACUCGACGAUGGGCGUGUCCCGAGCGCUGCACCCUUUGAGUGCCGAAAUUUCUUCAAACAUAAUAAACAAACGCGUUCCAGCUCUGCGAAAGCGUCCAGCUUUGGUUAUCCCUGCAAAUAAACAACACGGCGAGGGGCAGAGCAAUCAGGGCUAUUUUUAAGAAGGCCGAUUGCGGUCGAGUAAAUAAGCUGCCGCGGUUGCAUGACGGGAUUUCGCAGCUGAUUUCGGCUACUUUCACUUUUGGCCAAGAGAUCAGGAAGUUAGCGGCGGGACGCUACAAUGAGCGAAAGGCACGCGCUGCAGUCGCAACUCGUGGCGAAGCGCUGCGACUGACACUGUGUUCCUAUCAGCCAGGCGCCGCGUAGGAUGGAAGAGGCCGACAAGAGCGCGCUGCCACCAGCCAGCGAUGCGAGCGACCAGGCUGCGAGCGCACAUCCUGUGGGCAUGGACAGCGAGAGCUCCGCUUUAGCAGAGGAGACGUUAGUGAUUCACCUGUACCCCGCUGAUCCAUUAACCGUCAACCAGGAGGAAAGAGACGCACCUUCGCUCACGAACGGAUUACCUGUCAGGAAUGGUACGACGGCUGCCUUUGAAAACAAAAACGACGACGGCCAAUUUAAACAUUCAACCACCCUUACCAACAGGCAGCGGGGCAACGAGAUCACCAUGCGGCCCGCGAAUUUAGACACUCUUUCGGUGCAUCAGCUGGCAGCGCAGGGGGAGGUCACACAGUUGGCUGGACACCUGAGCAAAGACAGCUCCCUGGUGAACAGUCAAGAUGAGCGAGGCUUCACGCCACUCAUGUGGGCUGCAGCGUUCGGGGAGAUCGCUGUGGUGCAGUUCCUCCUCGACAAGGGAGCCGACGCGAAAGUUCUGGCUCGAGAACGAGAGAGCGCCCUGUCCUUGGCCAGCUCCGGGGGCUAUGCUGACAUUGUGGACGUCCUCCUCAAGCACGGAGUGGACAUUAACACUUACGACUGGAAUGGUGGAACGCCGCUGCUGUAUGCGGUACGGGGGAACCACGUCAAGUGUGUAAGCACCCUCCUCGCUGCUGGCGCAGAUUUGACCGUAGAGGCGGACUCAGGAUACAGCCCUAUGGACCUUGCUGUGGCCCUUGGCCACAAAAAGGUGCAAAGGGUAAUUGAAGAACACAUUCUAACACUGCUGAAGCAGAAGCCAUGAUGCUAGGCCCGGUAUGGAAAGGCA